AGCCACCACCGACGGGCGCAGAGAACCGCGCGUCGACUCUGCCACCGCUGACAGGCGCUGAGAACCGCGCCUCUGGGUCCCAAGCCAGCGGCACCGCGUCCGCGCCCGCGGCUUCGCCCAUGCCCGCCUCCAAAUCCAGCGACUCGGCCCUGCGCCAGGUGCCGAAGCCAGCGAUUUCGUCCCCACCGACGGGCGCCAAGAGCUCCGGCUCGCAAGCCAGCGGCUCCGCCCCCAGGCAGGCCCCCAAAGCUGGUGACUCUGCUCCGCGCCGACGGGCGAAGCCAGCUACUCUGCCCCCGCCGACGGGUGCCAAGACCAAAGGGCUUAACCAAGGCGAUGAGGAAGACGACUGUUUUGUUGUAGAGGAGGACGGCACCUUAAUCUAUACCCGUUUCUGUUCCAAGAGGGCGGCCUCCCUACUAAACAAAAAAGAGUUAUGUCACAUAUGUUACUUCAAACAUGGCAGAGUUAAUCCCUUUAAGAAAACUGAGGAACAUUGUCGGUCUGCUCAUGACAAAAAUGAGGGCAAAAAAGGUGGAUAUCUAUGUAAGAAGAAAGGUUGUUGUAUCACGACAUCUUCAAGGAAAGAGGCCGGUAGACACCACUACUUCUGCCAUGAGAAAUAUCGGGACUGGUGGGUCGAAUGCUUGAAGUUGCAUGGAGAAAUGCCUAGGUCCAGGCUUUAGAGGCCCAGCGGGAGGCUGAUCGGCAGAGGAUAGAGGCUAUAGAGGCCCAGCGUGUGGCGGAGCAGCAGAGGCAACAACAUCAGAUGGCAGAGGUUCUUCAGUACAUGCAAUCUCUUGGGCAACAUACGGGUCUAGCUGCGGCACCUUCGCUAUUCGUUAUACCUCCACCUCCACCUCUCGCGCAUGGUACUCCUAUAAGUAUGAGUAUGAGUGUUUAAGUUUAUCACCAAAUGCUUAGGAUCAAACCAAAACACUACAUGUAUCCUAGUGGAUUUUUUGUCCGACACAUGCAACGUCUUCUCUUUUGUGCAGCCUCCAUUGCCCGGUUCGAAUAAUCUACCUGUCGGGCCCUCUAAUGAUCCAGGUCAUGGUAGACCACAGUCGCAGUGGGGACCUUGGGGAACCGAGUAGUUGUCUUUGCAUUUGUUGUUCAAUUGGUGAUGGACUUACGAUGCGCUUGUGUCAAUUAUUUGCACUUGGAUGGACUUGUGGAUUUGUUUGGAUGGACUUGAGAACUUAUGGAUGUGAGACUUAUAUGAUGCAUAUGAUAUUUAUGUGAUGGAUGUGAGAUUUAUGUGAUGAA